AUGUCAAAUCCAAAACUGGAAGACGAAUUCACUCGGGCUACGGCGUAUGUGCCGAAAAUUGCAGGAUCUCUUUCCUCUGAAGAUCUUCUUUAUCUGUACUCUAGGUACAAACAGGCAACAGAGGGUCCGUGUAGCACACCAAAACCGGGAUUUUCGCAGUACAAGGCACGCCAAAAAUGGAUGGCUUGGAAGAGUCUAGGCAACCUCCCUGCGGAUGAUGCAAAGCAGCAGUACGUACGGAAACUGACGGAAAUUUCACCCGAUUGGAGCAGUGAGACAUCACAUAAUCAGACCGGACCGCGUGUGAGCAGACCAGUAGAGCUGAUCGACGACAACAGCGGUAGAAGUGAAUUGGAAUCCACUCCGCUCAUCGAACUUGUGAAAGACGGUGUUCUCAAGCCCGUAAAAAAUUACCUUCAGUGUCAUCCGACGGCUGUCGGCGAGGAAGAUCCAGAUCUGACUGUGAAAGAAAAAUUGUAA